AUGAAGACGUUUACCUCGGUGGCUCUUAUCAGCCUUAUCCACGGCAUCGCGGCCUAUCCCCUCGAAAGCGUCUCUGUUCCCAACUGCCAACCCGGCCACUUGGUCUGCCAGGACGAGACCAAGUUUGGUAUUUGCAACUUUGGCAGCAAGGCCAUCUUCAUGGACGUGUCCGCCGGCACAAAGUGCGUCUGCUCUGGCAGCGACUGCACUAUUGUUGCCUCCGGUGCUGGUGGCUCCAAGCCCCCUCAGAACACUCCCGUUCCUACUCCGUCUGCUCCUCAGGCUCCUCCUCCGGCUUCUUCCCAGGCUCCUCCUCCGGCUUCCUCUCAGGCUCCUCCUCCGGCUUCCUCUCGGCCUCCUCCUCCUCCAGCUUCCUCUCAAACGGCCAUCGUAUCGACUACAAUCUCUUUAAAGACUCCCGAGAAGCCCGCUCCUCAGCAGCCCACUCAGCCUUCCACUUCUCAAGCUGUGAUCCCUACUCCUGCCGCCGGCGGUCAGUUCAAGGAGGUUCCUACUGCCACCCUGCCUGCCCCGGAAACCUCGUCUGCUGCGUCUAGCCAGCCCUCGGCGCCGGCCUCCAACCCCAUCUCCAGCACCGGUGCGUACAUCAAGGCCUUUAUGGGCAAGGGCGACGCCUCUGCUGGCUGGCCUCAGGAGAGCUCGUGGAACUCGUUUGACGCCAUGUGGGAUGCCAACCUGAAGAACGUCAUCUACAAGUCGUGCGCCAACUUUCAGCAGGACAACAACACGCCCGCCGAGAGCGCCGAUGUCAAAUCCGCCAUUGAAGAAGUCUCCAAGUCGUCGGGCGUCGACGCGCGCUUCAUCCUGGCCGUCGUCAUGCAAGAGUCGAAUGGCUGCGUCCGCGCCCCGACGACGGCAAACGGCGUCACCAACCCAGGUCUGAUGCAAUCGCACAAUGGCGCCAACAGCUGCUGGAACGUCAACCCCUGCCCCAAGUCCACCAUCAAGGGCAUGAUUGAGGACGGCGUCAACGGCACGGCCGACGGCGACGGCCUCAAGCAGCUUCUCGCCAAGGCUGGCGGCAGCGGCGCCGCCACCUAUUACAGGGCCGCUCGCAUGUACAACUCUGGUUCCAUUGACCCCAGCGGCGAUCUCGAAAAGGGCAUUGCCACUCACUGCUACUCCAGUGACAUUGCCAACCGUCUCGUGGGCUGGUCCGCGGGUGUCGGUGGCUGCCACGUCUAA